AUGCUGUGGGGGCCCGCAGCACGGAGAGAGCGAAUUGGGUGUGGAUGGGGUUGCCUCCGGUCUUGCACAGAUCUGAUCUUUGAUCCACAAGCAGGUGGCGGCACCGAGCACGGGGCCUGUGCUAUGUUUUGCGCAUGUGGGGUUGAUGAGCUGGUAUGGGUGAGCUCCCGCGUUUGGAACGCAGAAGGGAUCCAGUGCGGGCGGCGGCACUCAGUGGUGUGGGUUGCAUGCGAACCAAGAAGGGAUCUGGCGGUGUGUGGGCUGUCCGGGCGCUGGGCGGAUUGGACGCUGCGUGGGCGUCUGCCUGUGCGCAUCUGA